UUCGCAAAAAAUACGACUGUUUUGCAGUCUAGUAAUUUCCCAAAGUAGUCUCGGUCGCUUGCGGUCAAGUGGUCACUUACGAGAGCUUUUAAUUACAGGAUAUGAAUAACAAUUUAGACGCGGUUUCAAAAUGGAGGUCGUAACUAGAACUGAUCGGUUACGAGAGUGAUCUCAAAGGAGAGCUUCGACUCCCGGCUUCGACUACACCUACAGCAGACACACUUGGAUCAGUUGGAUGAGUCAACUGUUGGUUGUUCGCCGAUUUUUUUAGACCUUUGUUAGAGCAGUUUUUCAUACCCUCUUGUAUACUCUGACAGCACGUGAAAUCCCCAUCCUUUUAUAUGCCGCCAGUCUUAAAAGGUGCACCUUUGAGCGGAGCUUCCGAGCCUCGCAUAUUCAAUCAUUAUGAGGACUACCCUAUCCCACUGGGGGAGCAUUUUUGCAUAUAAAGGUGAAUAACUUCGCUUUCCAGAUCUUUCCAGGACAAAAAAACAAGUGCUAGUGAAGAAUACCUCAGUCUGGCGUUAUAACCUCUUUGCUGCGCAGAAGGGAGUUUAGUUUAGGCUUUCUUCCUCAGCUUUAUCCUGCGAUAGCACAGUGCGUGACAUAAACGCGCAUCUGAGUGUGGCACCAUGGGUAAUUGAAACUGUGUUGCGAGCUGACUCGCAAACGAGGGCAUACUUUUUCUCAGAUCCUGCGGUUAUAAUCACUGCUUCCUUCCUGUCAUAGGAUGUAAACCAUUUAUACGAUUGAAGCAUAAGACGUGAAUGAAUUGCCUUUGCGGUUGUUUGCCAGGACUCAUUUGUUGUUGAUGCAAAGUGCUUCGUUGUUCGUCUACUGCAUCGACUGUAGCCAAAGAAAAUAUACCAACAGGAAAAGAGAGCUAGUGAAUUGCUUGGUAGGAACAGACGACUUGCAAAUUAAGUGACCAUGGUGUUAUGGCUGGGUAUAAUUCUCCCAAUUGUCGCGAUUCUCGUACUGGCGACCUUUCUAGUCUGGGCGGCUUGUGUGGUGUUAUAUUUCGCAUGCCCUCAUGUCUUGAGCCACUUAAUACACAGGUUUUUAAUCUUAAGGGGAGGUUUCACCCUGAAGUAUGUAUCAGUUGGAGAUUUCAGAUUUAGCUACAUUGAACGAGGGAAUGGCCAGGGUGCAGAAAAUGUGGUCUUGAUGGUUCAUGGUUUUACUGGAGAUAAAGGAGUUUGGAGUCUUGUGGGAAAUGUCUUCCCUAAAACAUAUCAUCUUAUAGCUGUUGACCUCCCUGGACAUGGUUAUACUACACGCAAACAUCAUGAUGAUCACUCUAUUCCAGCUCAAGUUGCAAAGCUUCAUCAGUUUGUGGUGGCUAUUGGGCUAAAUAAAAGAAAGUUUCACUUGGUGGGUCUAUCAAUGGGUGGAUUUGUGGCUGGUGUCUUUGCUGUACGAUAUUCUUUUUUGCUAUCUUCACUGGUACUCAUGUGUCCUGCAGGAAUAAAUGCACCAAAACUGAGUGAUUUCUUGAGUGAGAUGGCCAGUGGUGGAAAGAACUACUUGCUGCCUAAAACACCUGAGGAUUUCUAUUUUAUGCUGAAAAAAGUAUCCCAUCGUGAAGUUGCCAUGCCUUUCUUUGUUGUGAAGAUAAUGUGUGCAGCAAGGCAGGAAUCACAUGAUUUUUAUGAAAAAGGGUCUGUCAAUAUUCAGAACAAAACCUCUAGCACCAAUCCCCUGGUUUGGUGCUGGGAGUGGGGACAUUUUUUGGUAUUAAACAACCAGGUAGGGCUAAUGUAUAAAGAUACUGUGUUAAAAGUGAUCCUUGACAUCUCUGCAGUUGACAUCAUAAGAGAAAAAGUAAAGGAUUGCCAAAUUCAAAUCCUAGACAGAUGUGGUCAUGCCAUUACUUUGGAAAGACCAUGGAAAUCAGGAAAGUUGAUCUUCCAGUUUAUACAUUCCCUGCCUCAGAGUGGAUGACAUUUGAUGACGUACUAGCUCUAGAGAGAAACUUUUAGUCAUACAGCAACAACCAGGUGUAUUAUUUUUUCACUUAGAAAGUUUGUAGGCUUUUCCAGGCUUUUGGUCAGUGGGGAAGAUCGAAAAAGCGGGCAGACGACAAGUGAGGUCUGAUAGAGAAAAAGGGGAGGUCAAGAAACCCUCUCCUUUUCUCUCCUGGAUCACGUUUGUUGCUGAUCUUGCUCAUUGCCCACCCACUUUUUUGAUCAUCUCCACUGACUGAGAGCCAGGAACAGGCUAGAAAGUUUGCUAUGUAAAAAUUUGUUGACUUAUCUCAGUGAUGUAUCUGCCAUUGUUUUGUAAUAAUAUGACUUAAUUAAUUCCACUUUGUUGUCAUUUUAUUGGGACCAAUCAUAAUAGAGGGAAAUGGUCCAGAAACCCGGUAAACAUUAAAGAAAAAAGAAAACAGGCGAAGACUGAUGUUGGAAAGUCCUUGACCCUGCACAUCUUUUGCUUUAUGCUCAUAGACUUUGCAUAAUUGCAAUGUCUCUAUUGGUCAGUUAUAUGAGCACACAUUAUUAACCACCUUUUGUAUUUUGCCAGGUUUUGUGCACAGUCAACCCCAAAAUAGCCAACAAAAACAUACAGCAAAGAACUUUGCCAGAUUUCUUAUGAUUUCUCUCUAUAAAGUUAAUGGCCCAACGGAGGACACCAAUGGAGGAGAACAAAUGAUUGUCAAGUAUUAGUGAGUCAGAUUGGCAGAUUAUAGUGAUGUUAAUUUACUGGUAAUAAAUGUUUAUAUUUUACCAGUUGAAGUCAUCACUCUAAUAAGAAUACUAUAGACCAAACAUUUUACAUAACUAGCUAGAUAGUAAAUAAAGUAAGCUACAAAUUGUCAGCAAGGAAUUUCCCAGGAUCAAGUAGACAAGAAAUAAUAUUAGAAAAGUGAGCAAAUCCUGUAGUCUCAAACACUCGUUUUUGAUGAACUUAAUCCAUAAUUACUUUGAAAUGGGAACAGAUCGGAUCAGCGGGGUAACCCUUUGGAACAGCUUACCCUGUAACAUUAGAGAGUUUGGUUCAUUAAAUCAAUUUAAAUGUUAUUUUUUUAUGGUAUGUGUAAACUUCAGGGAGAAAUUAAAAAAUACGUUAAACACAAUCACAAUCUGAGUCCUGCCUGUCAUUUGC